AAAGAGAAACAUUACAGACCUCCUGGUUGUAAAUCCAACGAAGAAGAACACACUUCCGGGUUUGAUUUGAUUCCGGUGUCAGUUAUCUCGGGGUCACACGGAGGGGAUACCGAAAAAACUUCAAAAUGCUGUUACGAAGAGUGCUGCAGGUUGGAGGCUCGACGCUGAAGCAGAACCGGUCCGUCCACCACAGCCCCGCCUGGAGGAGUCCUCUCAUACCGAUAGUCGUGGAGCAGACGGGUAGAGGAGAAAGAGCAUAUGACAUUUAUUCCCGCCUCCUGAGGGAGAGAAUCAUUUGUUUAAUGGGUCCUAUUGAUGACUCCAUAGCCAGUCUGGUUAUCGCCCAGCUGCUCUUCCUACAGUCAGAGAGCAACAACAAACCCAUCCACAUGUACAUCAACAGUCCCGGCGGUGUGGUGACGGCGGGCCUCGCCAUUUACGACACCAUGCAGUACAUCCUCAAUCCCAUCUCCACGUGGUGCGUUGGCCAGGCGGCCAGCAUGGGCAGCUUGCUCCUGGCGGCGGGAACGACGGGCAUGAGGCAUUCACUGCCCAACGCCCGCAUCAUGGUCCACCAGCCCUCAGGGGGUGCCAGGGGUCAGGCCACGGACAUCGCCAUCCAGGCCGAGGAGAUCAUGAAGCUCAAGAGACAGAUCAACGGCCUCUAUGCCAAACACACGGGGCAGCUGCUGACCACCAUCGAGGGCGUGAUGGAAAGGGACCGCUACAUGAGCCCCAUGGAGGCGCAGGACUUCGGGAUCAUCGACCGGGUCCUGGUCCAUCCGCCCCAGGCGGGCCAGGAUGAGCCCGAGCUGGUGCAGAAAGAGGCGGGGGCGCCAGCCAGCCCCCCUCCACAGCCGGAGUCCACGGCAUCGGGGCGGGCCCUCCCAGGGACCAACGCCCCCUCCUCGCACAAGCCAGAGCCGUGAUCGCCACACCGCAGAGCCGCCAGGAUCUCAGCCGGGGGAGUUUGAGGACGCGUUUGUUUCUCUCUUCUCCUCACGACACGUGAAGGCAUCGUUUCCAGCAAUCAAAGGGUCCUCACAUGACGCAAUUCAAACGUAAUGUACCUUUUUGUUUUUGUUUAUUACUUCUGUGAUGGUGAUUCCAGAUGAAUUCGGACAUCUUUUUGACUUUUUUUAUUACAAGGAGGUCAUUUGACUACUAAGAAAGCAGUGUUGUUCUGUAAGCUGCUUGCUGCAGCCCAGGAGGGGGGGGGGACAUGUUUAGAAACUCGCAAUAAAUAAAUGGGAUCAUUUUGACAAUUCUUGGUCCUAAAACGUUUUAAUUUAAUUUCUCAAGAUCAUCCGAAACGCAGAUUUUGCUGCGUGGAAGUGUGUAAUUAUUCAACAAAUGACAAUAAAGAACCGUGUGUUUCAGGCU